AUGGAGCUGUUGUCAAUUUGCGCCACUGAGGCUCAGCUUCAACUUUGGAGAUCAACACUCGAGAAUUUUCUCUAUACAGCAUUUUUCCCACCUCUUUUUGCGUUAGGACUUGUCGGGAAUGCGCUUAAUUUGAUGGUUCUUUGCAGUAAUGAUAUUAUGUCAAGAGCCAACGUUUUCCUUGCCUGUUUAGCGGUUUGCGAUGUGUGCUUUUUGUUGUUGAUGGUGCCACAUUCAUUAGCGAAUUUUGAUCUAUUUGGGCACUCGUUUGUCUUCAGAUCUUUAUAUUUACCAGCAAAAAUGCAUUUGAUCGCUUUCGCCAAUUGGACAUCAGCGGUGGCAAUUUGGUUAGUGGUUGUGGUUUGUUGUGAGAGAGUACUUGGCGUGCGCUCUCCAUUGCAUCGACUGGGUGAUCCGAGUCGAAUGCGGAUGUUAAUUGGCAUGUUGUGCCUAUUGGUGAUGGCCGGUGCGCUCACUUUCUACAAUCACGUUUCCCAUCAUUGUUUAGUGAGGACUAUUUGCAAUGGGACGCAGAUUCUCUCGAUUUGUAUGGACGUCAAUAUGCACACAUGGCCUGGAAAUCGCCCAAAUAGCUCACCAUUGGCUUUAAGAAAAUAUGUGCAAUGGACCCGGAUGGCCAAUGCAAUAUUUGUAGUAGUUGUCCCAUUGCUUCUUUUGAUUAUUUUAAACAUUAUGCUUUUGUAUUAUGUGAGAAAGAGGAGCUAUUUUGCGUAUGAGACUUUGGGAAAGGUAACACAAAGGAUUCAAAGGAAAGAAUCACCAUCAUUGCCCUAUUUGACGACAUUGUUUAGAAGACAUUCGGAUCAAAUUGUGCAACAAAAGACUGAGCACAGAGUGGCGGUCACUGUUUGCGCUGUUGUCACCUCGUUUACGUUGACGCAAGCUCCAUCUGCUGUAGUUUUAUGCAUAAACUCGUUGUUUCCUGGUCUUGAGUUUCGAUCUACGGAAACAUGGUAUGCAAUCACAUCGAUCACUUCAUUCUUGGUGGUUGUCGGAAAGAGUCUAAACUUUGUCGUCUUUUGCCUCUCAUCCUCAAACUUUCGGCAUCGACUUUUCGCCAUGUUACGCUCGAAAUGCGGUGCUCGUGAAGAGAGAAGGCCUCACUCAGUGCUAACUUCGUACACAAGCUGUAGCUCAUCAACGCGGCGACUCUCUCCAAAAAAGGAAAGCUUUCAACAUCUU